AUGGCGCGCGGGGCGUUGGUGCUGCUCCUGUCGGCCGCUGUGGUCGCAGGGAUCAUCGCGGCGGCGGAUGGGGUGGCGGCAGGGGAGAAUGGCUUCCGCUUGCACACGCUGUUCUCGACGGAGUGCCAGAACUACUUCGACUGGCAGACGGUGGGGCUGCUGCACAGCUACCGCAAGGUCCGGCAGCCGGGGCCGAUUACGCGCCUGCUUAGCUGCACCGACGAGCAGCGGAGAAGUUACCGCGGGAUGGGCCUCGCCCCCACCAUGGAGGUCCCGUCCAUGAGCCGCCAUCCACGAACCGGUGACUGGUAAGAGAAUGAUAGAGCAGCAGAAUUUUGACGGAUCAUUUGGGCCAGAUUCAUCAUUCUGCUUCGUCGAAUUCGAAGGAUCUCACGUUAAUCGUGGAUCUCCUAUUCUGGUGAUGUUGUUGAACUGUGGCUGAUGAAUGGCCUCUUCUUGGUUGAUAACUUCUUUUCGCAUGUCUCACGCGGCUAUGAUCUGCUGAGAUCGUGGAUCUACUGAGAUGAUGGAUCUGAAGCUAGAGAGGACAUAAAAAAAUGGGUUUUCUGUUCAAUUUAUUUAUCUUUGACUUUGCAAGUUCAGAGGGAUUCUUUGCUUGUAAGCUUUGGUUUUCCUAAGAUCAUCAAACUGUGGCCAUGAUUUUGUCGGAAAUUAUACUUCCACAAAAAAGAAUGGUUCCUUUUUCUGUGCCCAGUGAGUCAAUCAUUGAAAAGAUGAGGCGAACGGGUCAACUUCUAUGAAUUUCAUGAAUAACCACCAAUUGAUGCCAAGGCUAUCUCUUAUGGUUAUUCAUUCAUGAAGAUGUUUUGGUUCUCUGAAGGCAACUUUUCCCUCCGAAUACCUAAUGGCCGUCUUUUAUGCUUCAAUCACUCGGCCAUUUGGACUAUGUCUUCGGGUUAACAUUUGCAAAAAGGCCAUUGUUAUCAUUAUCACAUUCUCCCCAUGAUCUGUUGCUGUGAGUUUGAACGAGUUUUAGGUGUUUAUGAUUCUACCUCGACUCACGAAGAUUCAGAUUUGGUUGUGGGUCACGAGUAUUUGUUAGACAUUUCCCAGCAUGAUUCAGCUGUUAUUAGUUUGAGGAGGUUUUAAAGGUCUAAGGAUUCUUUUCCAUCCACGUUGCCAACAUCUUUUGUUCUAAAGGUCUGCCUAAGCUAUCAGGCGAGAAGACGCAAAUAAAUUUGGUAACUAAGUUGUCCAUGUUCCCUGACACAAAGUCUGAGAGUGCUUCCUCCCAUUGUCUUGUUUAGAUCCAGACAUCUUUUGUUUCUUUGUUUUUUCUUUCUUUAUGCAAUGCUUUUCGUGGUGUCUUAUGUUUUUCACUUUAUCUGCCUGUUUUUAUAAUUUCUUUAUCAUGGGAACCAUUCUCAUAUGCUCUUCACUUCUUGAUUCCGCCCAGUUUGCUAAUUUAAUGACAGUGUAGCCAUGCUUUAACCAGGUAUCCAGCAAUAAACAAGCCAGCUGGGAUUGUGCACUGGCUUAAGUACAGUGAAGACGCAAAGAAUACUGAUUGGGUAGUGAUUUUAGAUGCAGAUAUGAUCAUGCGUGGUCCAAUUAUACCAUGGGAGAUUGGAGCAGAAAAGGGACAGCCUGUUGCUGCAGAAUAUGGGUAUAUGACCACUUAAAGUUUAAGGGCAACUAUUGACUGAUCCUUUUCCAUUAUGUGCAUAAUCUCGCAUUAAGAUCUAUGCAUUUUGAUAUUGUUUGUAAAGUUAUUAAAAUUUGAGAGUAAUAACUUUCUAAAGAUAUUUAUUCUUGUGUUUAAAUUAAAGUUUGGGUUCUUUAGUAAUCUUGAAGAUACAAUCUAUUAGAGUUUAUAUUUUUCAGAAAUGCUUAUUAAAUUAAAUCUUUGUUCUAAACAAUCCAUUAUAAAUUUUAUUCGUUUUUAAUCCCUUGGAGAUCCCAAACCUUUAUUCCUUUUUAUGCUCUUGGAGAUCCCAAACUUUGAAGUUCAAGUCUUAACCUGGUAAGUUAUUUUUACAUUCUUUAAGGGAAAAUUUUAACUCUUUCUUUAUUAAAAUAUAAUAAUCUUUUACGAAUAAUAUCUGACGAAGAUCAAAUGCUGAUCUCAUGGUACGUGUGGGAUGAUAACUCUAUUAUGGCAAUUAAGGAUAUUUUUUCUCCUCUUGGGUUCAUAGCCUCCUUUUAAUAAUGUCUUCAGGUGUACCUUUUUUUUGAACAUAUGAUGGAUGAGAAUUUCUUUCGUGUUGCUAGUUUCUGAAAGACAAAUGGAGUUACUUUUAUCCUAUGAUAGUCCAUGUCAAGUAACUACAGACCUCGCUGACAGUCAAUCCACAGUUUCCAAGAGGAUUUCCUCAUACUUUGUAUAGUAGAGAACAAAAUUAACUAAAUAUGGUUCAUUUGAGAACUAUGAACAGUUCUUAAUUUCUUAAAAAAAAUGAUUUCAUAAAUAUUUAAUUUUAUAAAAUUAUUUAUUCUUAUAUUCCUGUUGACAUAAAUUUUUCUUUCUUUAGUGCUCUUGAAGAUACUAACUAGGAUUUUUCAUUUAUUUCAGUCAUGCUUAAACACGAAAUAUUGUCAUAAAAAAUUAUUGUGGAUCAUUCAAGAAAUAUGAAUCAUUUUUCCUUGGUUUCAAUCUGUGCUGCUUGGAAUUUUCAAAUUUGAAGAAAUUUUUUAUUGUAUGGAUUUAACUGAUCAGAACACUUAAAUUACCAAUUUUUAUUCUGAUGAAUCUGUAAAGGGUGAUGAUGUUACCCAUGAUGAUAUUAUACUUUCGACGGGUAUGUCAAACAUAACUACUUUGGAAGUGUGCCCUGUUUCAAACGAUAAACUUCCCUCAACACCUCAGUGAAGAUAUGCGUCAGAAACAUACUUGCUCAUCUAUCCUGGCUUUAUUCUCUCACUUCAUAUUAUCCCAUGCAUCAUUUAGUUUUUAAAUCUUAUAUCUUCUGCAGAUACCUAAUUGGAUGUGAUAAUAUUCUUGCAAAGCUGCAUACAAAGCAUCCAGAACUUUGUGACAAAGUUGGGGGGCUGUUGGCUAUGCAUAUAGAUGACCUGAGGGCCUUAGCCCCUUUGUGGCUAUCAAAGACAGAAGAGGUACGGGAGGAUCGAGAGCACUGGACAACUAACAUAACUGGUGACAUUUAUGGCAAGGGGUGGAUAAGUGAGAUGUACGGAUAUUCAUUUGGUGCAGCAGAGGUAAGAUAUUUUUCGUUCUUUGAAUGAGUAAAUGGGCUUGAUCCUCUUGCAUUUUUGGUUCUUCAUACAGUUAAUUAUCCUGAAUAUAGUCUUUGCUGCAAAAUCUCUUCAACAGGCUGGGCUUCGUCACAAGAUAAGUGAGAGCUUGAUGAUUUACCCUGGCUACACCCCACUAGAAGGUGUUGAGCCAAUUUUGAUGCACUAUGGCUUGGCGUUUCAAGUUGGAAAUUGGUCUUUCAGCAAAAUAGAGUAUCAUGAUGAUGGCAUCGUCUAUGAAUGCAACCGCCUUUUCCCUGCUCCUCCUUAUCCUAGAGAGGUAACACUUCUGAAGUAUCUGCCCUAAAUUCAGAAUUCAACACGAUCCUCUCAAUUUGGAACCAUUAUAAAAGGUUUAUAGAGAGAGGGGUCAGAUAAAUUAUAGAAUAGAGCAUGCCACCAACUAAAUUUUCAUAUUAUUUUUUUCAGGUACAGAUGAUGGAAACUGAUCCACAGAAGAGACGGGGGCUAUUCUUGAGCCUAGAAUGCAUAAACACAUUAAAUGAAGGCCUCUUAUUGCAUCAUGAAUCAGCAGGUUGCCCGAAACCAAUAUGGUCCAAGUACUUGAGUUUCUUGAGAAGUAAAACCUUCUCUGAGCUUGUGAAACCAAUAUAUUUGAGUAGUGUUGAGAAGAGUAGAGAUACAGAUACAAAAGAACGAACAAUUUUGAAUGAAAACGGAAACUCUCAUCCCAAAAUCCAUACAGUUUUCUCCACUGAAUGUUCCCCGUACUUUGACUGGCAAACUGUGGGGCUCAUGUAUAGUUAUCGUUUGAGCGGCCAACCUGGUGGCAUCACAAGGCUUCUUAGCUGUACCGAUGAACAACUCAAGAGUUACAAGGGACAUGAUCUAGCUCCCACACAUUAUGUUCCCUCCAUGAGUCUUCAUCCGCUGACAGGAGAUUGGUAAUCAUCUCAAUAUCAAUUUGAUUUCCAGGACUCCUGACAAUUUUAGAGGAUCUGUAUUACGGUUUUGUACUUGCUUUGCAUGAAGGUGUUUACCACGUUGUAAAUUUUCUUCAACAUCAGUUAGACACUUAAAAGGAAUGUGAUAUUAUAUUGCUACGAGUGGCUCCUGAGAUUUUUUUUCCUCUUGUUGAAAUAGUAAAAAAUUUCUCUUGCUGUUAGCUAUGCUUUUGUUUGAAUAAAUAUUAAUGAAGAAGCUCAUUUCUCGCAAAGUUAUGAAUGAUGUAUGAUUUUUGCUUCCUCCUUUCCUAGUACGUAGGAAAUCACCUUUCAAUGCCUGUGUCUUGCAAAACCAGACUCUUUGUUCAAAUUCGUGCAAGUAAAAGGUUAAAGAAUAUAUAUUCAUUGUCUUAUACUGAUACGUUUUCCACUUAAAUCGAUUUAAAUUGCCAGAGCUUCAAGUUUAAAAAUACACUGACAUAUCUGGAUGGUGUAGGUAUCCUGCAAUCAAUAAACCUGCGGCAGUUUUGCACUGGUUGAACCACGCAAAAAUUGAUGCAGAAUUCAUAGUUAUUCUAGAUGCAGAUAUGAUAUUAAGAGGUACCAUUACACCAUGGGAAUUUAACGCAGAGCGUGGUCGCCCAGUUUCAACUCCUUACGAGUAAGACCAGUGGUUUAAUUUGAAACCAUAUAUCUUUCAACUUUAUACCAUUUUAUGAAAUAUCUCUCAGUUGGUAUGCUUCUCCUGCCGUAGGUACCUCAUUGGUUGUGAUAAUGAACUUGCAAGACUACAUACACGCCAUCCUGAGGCAUGUGACAAGGUUGGUGGUGUCAUAAUUAUGCACAUAGAUGAUUUGAGGAAGUUUGCUUUAUUAUGGUUACAUAAGACUGAAGAGGUUCGAGCUGAUAAAGAGCACUAUAAAACUAAUUUUAGUGGAGACAUUUAUUCGUCUGGAUGGAUCAGUGAGAUGUAUGGAUAUUCCUUUGGUGCUGCUGAGGUAUGAGACUAAUGUUAUAUACUUUGCUGUUCUUACAGUUUCCUUAUAUGUCGGCUGUGAAAGAAAUUCUGCAUUUUUUUAGAGCAUUGUACGCACUUUCCUUAUAACAUUAUUUCCGUAUUGACAGGAAAUGAACACCCAAUGUUUGAAGAUUAUCGUCAUAUAAGUUGUCAUAUUUAGUUAAUUUCAAUAUGUAAUUACCAUUGAGAAGUGUUUGAAACUGUUUUUCUCUUUUCCAAAUUUAAAAUGAGUCAUUUCUGGGGACAAAGGCUAGUUAUUAUUUCAUAACUAAUAUUUUUAGUUAGAAACUACGAAUUAUCUAGCAUUGUAAACAGAAGUUUGUUCUUACCCAUUUAAUUCAUAUUUAAUACUCGAACAAACUUUUCUUGAUAUGUUUGCAUUCUAUAUUUCGUAUGCUAAUAAAAGGACAGUUUCAUGUCCAUCAAAUAUAAUGCUGCGCUUAUCACCAAAAGCAUUUCAUAUAUUUAAAAAUAAUUGAAGGAUAAUGAUCCCCAAUUGUUGGAAGUUCUAGGAGGUAAGGAAAUACAGUAAAAGACUGAGGGUAUUUUGGGAUAGUUGUCUUGGGUUCCUCUCUAUAUAUAAUGAUUGUUAGAGCUGAAUAGACAUUGAUGCGGUUGUCUGCCGUUCUCCCAUCUAUCCCUCCGUGACAGAGGUCAUUGUUCUUGUUCCUAUGUUUUUCAACACCAAUUAUAGUAGAUCAGGCAUAAAACGUCAUAUUUCACUAUUAACAAGGACCGUUUCAUGUACUUAUGCUCUACAAAUAUAGAUCUUGAAGUCUGCAGCGAAAGUAAUGUAUUUUUAUGUUUCAAAUUUAUUAGCUUUAGGUCUUUCGCCCUGUUGCAGUAAGGGCUCAUGUAUGAGUGAGAGUCCUGCCUUUUAGAGUAUACGAAGCAUCUGAAGGUAUCUACGAGAAAGUCCUUUUGUGACUCAAAAGUAGAUGAAAUGUGAAUGAUGUUAAGGGAUGCUACUAUAUACAGUCAUUAUGAAAUUUCUCUUCUAAGCAUAUGCUUUUUUUUUGGGUCCUUUGAAGGGAGAUAUACACAAUUCUUUGCCUUCUUUCUCAUUGUUUAGGUGCUGGGACCAAGGAUAUGGUUGUCUGCAGUCCCAAGUCUCAAAAGCCCAACAUGAAUCAAUCAUGCCCAAAUCUGUCUGAUCCUAAUCAGAUGGAAUAAAUUGGUCGAUUGGUCUAAUAUAAGGCUGAUUUAGUGAUCCAUGUUGGGCUUUUUGAGACUUUGGGAAAUCAGUCUGAUUCUAAUCAGAUGCAACAAGUUGGCCGAUUUGUCUAAUAUUAGGCUAAUUCAGGCAUGCUUGAUCCAUUUUGGGCAUCUUGAGACUUGUGAAAUCUGUCUGAUCAUAAUCAGAUUGAACAUAUUGUUCUAUUUGCCUAAUACAAGGCUGAUUUGGCAGUUUUGUCCUGUACUUACUUUAAAGAAGAAAUUCGUUUUUUUGAUCAGUCGCUUUUUCCUUCCAUUUUUUGGGAAAUACAAACGACUUGAAAGUGGUCUCAUACAAGUUUGAUUCAACUAUUUCUCUAACUAUUGACAAAAUGCUACACUUGGUUAAUUUUCCUUUCUAUGGACAAUUUUAGAGUGUGGGUUUAAGAUCAUUCAUUCGCUCUCCCUAUUUUGGCACUCAACUGUGUUCUCCUUUCCCCUCUAUAAGCUCUGUUCUCAGUGGAACCUAGCACUCGUGAGAGUCGGAGUGCCAUGCUGUGCUGCUGGGAUGUGGUAGAUGAUAAGUGCUGUGAUACGACUCCAACAAUAUAUUUUGGGUAGCAGGGAAAAUAGUCUAAGUCGCGAGUGUAAGGGGAUUUUAGCCAAUGUCUAGUGUGACUGAGGAGAGAACUUGGGCUCUCAACUUGGGGAAAAAGGGAAACGAGUCUUUCGCCACACAGCGUUCCAGCAGAGCUCUGUUUAUCGUUCUCUAUCAACUUUCUGUUCCUGUUCUUCUGUUCAGUCGAUUUUCAAAUUUGGUUUCUUUGCUGAAAUUUCACUCCAGUUUUUCAAGUAAAAAUUUCUAUCUUUUUACACUAUUUGGAAUGGGAACAUUUUAAGUUAUUAUACUUAACACUCAUAUAUGUGCUGCUUGCUACGGAAAAUUCUCAUGGCCUGGAAUUGAAUCCGUCUUCGUUCUAAAGCUUUGUAUUCUUCUAAAAAUCAUUGUCAGAUUCUUCUCUAAAUCCUUUUCUAAAUCCUUUGGGCAGUUGAAGCUGAGGCACAGAGUGAACCCUAACAUACUGAUCUACCCUGGAUAUAUUCCCCAGCCUGGGGUCAAGUACAGGGUCUUCCACUAUGGGCUGACAUUCCAGAUCGGGAGCUGGAGCUUUGACAAGGCGAAUUGGAGGGAAACUGAUGUCGUAAACACAUGCUGGGCAAAGUUUCCUGAGCCUCCUAACCCUGCUACCCUCUCCCAAGAGGAUGAGAACAUAUACAGAAGGGAUCUACUAAGCAUAGAAUGUGUGGAGAAAUUGAACAAAGCCCUGUAUUUACACCAUCAGAGGACUUGCAGAGACCAAGGAGAGAACAGUGACCAGCAGCUUUCGCGGAAAUGGCUUAGAGAAACAGAAGAAGAACCUGUAGAUUUGAAGGCUGACGUCGUCUUGCCUACUCCCAGAGUUAAAAAGUUGCCUGCAGAUUGGGGAAACAAGGCGUCUGGGUCACAGAGGUCAUGGCUAGUCGCUGUCUGGGCAUUCUCUGUGAUGGGUUUCUUUGUUGUCAUCACAAUCAAAUUCUCCCAUCGUCGAAGAGAUGGAGGAAGGGAAAAGGCCAACAAAGACAAGGUCUAG